UGCUUCUUGGUAGAGCAAGGUUGUUGAAUGACUUCUUUAAGCAAGUAAGAAGUAAAAAUGCUGUCAAGCACAGCGUGUUUUAACAACGACUGAGUCCAAUACAACUGGUUCAUUUCUAAGAGAACAAUCGAUCACAUAAGAGGCAAAGUACUCAGCUUUGAGGAAGAGAAGGAGCCUGACCUAGGUCAGCAAUCAUCCUUUACUCAAGUCUUUGCAUGCAUCCAAUAACAACAAAAUACUUGACCUCUACAUUAAGACACUCCAAAUAUUUAAUUAAUUACUCUUUAGAAUCUUAAUGUGCUAAAGAAUCACAUACAGCAUCCAAGAAUAAAGGAGCAUCUGAGAAAUCCAGUGUUUCGUUUUGAUUGGUCGUUUUAUUCUGGAUUUUUAAGGAAAUGGAUAACCAGAGAAGUAAUCAUAUUAAUAAGAAGCUUGAGUAUCCCGAUGCUUAUAACCACAUAAGAAAAUAUUGUAAAGCUAAUUAAGCCUCAAUAUUAAUUACUCCUUGCAUUUAAACGAAAAUAUGCUCAGGCCCAAUAAUUCCUUCUUGCCUUCUCCCUCUCUGAUAUCCCUCUACUCCACUAUAGCUUCCUUUACCUACCCCCAUUGCUCAUCCCCUAAGUUUCCUCCUCUCAAUAUUUCCAAAUACCUCUGGUCCUCCUCCGAUUUGUCUUCCAUCCCAAAUCCUUCUCUUUCACUAACAUCCCGAUCUAACUUCUGAUGACCUAUUUUCAGUUCCGAAGGACCAGGAUUCUUGGAUA